AGUCCCUUUAAGAAAUAAUUUCGACUGUCAUGUUCUCUUGUUUUAUCAUUUUUCGAUCAUCUAUUUCUUCAGUUUCAUAAAUUUACUAACACAGGCCGCCUCUGGCGCAUUUUAGUGAAAUUUAUUCAAUUAUAUUAAAUGCACGAUCUUACUGACACCUGAUUUAGCUAUGAAAAUUGACUGUUACGUACAAUUAGCGUUAGUGACAGUACUUUUUGUAUUAUUAAUAUCUACACUGACAUGUUUAACAUGCAUUAACCUGUCCCCUCCGGCACCGGUCAUUCCCGCCGUUUUGUUCGCUUAAUAUUGCUACUUUAUGAGCUGUUUUCACCUUGUUACAGUUUUUGUGAAGAUGUUAAAAAGGUCGCGGAUAUUUACAACUCUUUGUUACAUCUCUCAUUUUUACCUGUGAUAUAUUUAAGUGAUUGUUAAAAAAGAACAACGCUACAGUCAAAAAAGUUUAUUUGUAUGUCUUCAAAGUUGAUGUAGCUUUUUUGUUUUUAAUAACUUUACAAUAGUGUUCUAUGUUACUUUCUUAUGACUAUUUUAAAGUCUUCUACAUUCAUGCAUAUUUUACGUAAAGAAAGUUGAAAUUUUUAAAUUAAUUAGCGGUCAGUGUUUGAUUGAUUUUGUUUUUAAGAAGUGAAGCGAUUACAUAUAUGUUCACAAACGUCAGUAGAUGUCUCAUCGAUUGCCCUAAGAUAAGGAAGUAGGCAGGGAGAAGUUAUGAGUCCUCACCUGUUUAGCUUAUUUGUACAUAAUUACUUUUAGUACAUUCUUGACGUGACUAUAGUGUGUUGGUUUUUUUACUUUAUAAUAAGUGUUUUUCCUGGUAUUUAUUCUUCCAAUGGAUUAAUUGUUCUGUUUUUCUAAUUGUGUAUUAAGACAAUGUGCUCUGGAUUUAAUGUGCCAGUAAUAAUUGUUGGCUUAAUUUUUGUGCCGUUUAUAGUCCAAGCCCAACCAUUUCCUGCAGUCGACGGAUUUAUUGACCCACUUGCCGAAAAUCUUGCUUUAAACCCGGCCAUUUGUCCUCAGGGAAAAUAUGGUGAGCAGUGCGAGUUUAGCUGCCACUGCCUGGUAGGUACAGAGUGUGAUCCAGAAACUGGGAAAUGUCCUGAUGGAUGCGCAGCAGGCUGGUCAGGGGCUCCCUAUUGUCAAGCUGAAAACGUUGCUCUCGGCAAGAAGACAUAUCAACAUGGCACGUACAUGGGUUGGAACUCGUCACGUGCGGUAGACGGAAAUCCUGAUCAAGACGGAACAUACGGUUCCUGUGCUUGGGCACACAAUAAUGAUGAUGUGUUUAAAACCUGGUGGAAUGUUGAUCUUGGUAGCACAUACAACAUUAAAACUAUAGAAGUUUUCUUUCGCACCGACGAUGCCAUGUCACAGUCACGGCGGGCUGGUUUACGUGUUUAUAUAUCUAACAGCGUUGAAGAGGCCAAGAACGAGGGUCUGUGUUACAUAGAUCAAAUGAGUGAUUUCGUGUUUCCACCCCCGCACCUCGUUUUACGAGACGGUAGCCUUGCUUGCACACAGCGAAAGGGGCGCUUUGUCAUCUUGUACAUUGAUCGGCCAACACAAACUCCUAUACGAAAUUGCCCAACACAAACCCUGUACUCGUGCUGGGCAAACCUGGAACUAUGUGAGGUCCAGGUGUAUUCAUGCACUAACGGCACAUAUGGCGACCUUUGUGAGAACAGAUGUCAUUGUCAAGAUAAACUCGGUUGUAAUACAGACACUGGUGCUUGCCCGGCGGACUGUCAAGCUGGCUGGAAGGGUCUAAGCUGUAAUACAAAAUGCGAAAAUGGUUACUAUGGUGUUAAUUGCAAUGAAACGUGUGGACAAUGUUCAGACCCGUUCUCAUCGUGUGACCGCGUGACCGGCACGUGCAACACGUGUAAACCAGGUUGGACGGGAGAGAAAUGUGACGCUGCUUGCGAGGCUGGGAAGUACGGUCAGGAUUGUCAGAAUACGUGUGGUAACUGUAUAGGGACAUGUGAUUCACAGACAGGAGUUUGCUCUCUCGGAUGUAAACCUGGAUGGGUUGGUUCGAAAUGCAUAGAGGUUUGUAGUCCGGGAAGUUAUGGGCCGAGUUGUGAAUCUAAAUGUGCAAAUUGUCGAGAAGGUGCCGCAUGUCAUCACGUGACCGGAAACUGUCCAGCGGGAUGUGCAGUUGGUUUUAUUGGAGAACGUUGUAACAAGGAAUGUUCGCCGGGACUUUUUGGUGAGAACUGCAUGCAAUCAUGUGGAAAAUGCAACGACAACGUAACAUGCGAUCAUGUGACGGGGAACUGUCCAGCAGGUUGUCAAAACGGAUGGAAGGGCGAAACAUGCCAACAAGUACAAAGUACAGAAAAAUAG